UCAUCCACAGUCAUGCAUCUUUAAACACAGACAAACCUGACAAUGUGAUGGGCACAUGAUGACGAAGCAGAAUAAGGCAGAAGCAUCUCUUAUUAGGUUUUCCAUUCCACUAAAAGCCUUUUUAAAGGAAGUUUCUUGUCGGCAUCAAACGCAUCGCUUUCCUAGACAUUAGUCCCGACUCAUGACGAAGUUGGCCGGCAGGUGGCGAAGCACCCAGGUCAGAAAAUGAGCGCCGUCCUCCUCCAGCUCCUCCGUCCUUGGGAGGAGAGGGAUGCUGAUGAUGCUGAUGCUGAGAGGAAAGCAUGGACACCAGCAGGGAGUAGAGCACGCUUCCAUUACAUCUUCAUUUUUAAGCUCUUAACCAACAUGGUGGAGGACAGCAGCGGUGGAAGUCAGAAGAAGAAGAAGCGGUACUUUCAUUGAUUUUUAGACCUCAGUUUGUGGCGUAGAAACGUUUGCAUGGGAUCUUGAGAUAUUACAAAGGAGAAGGCCACAGUUCUUAUCCGACAACAUGGACUAUAAAUACACUCCAUUCUCCUUCCGCUGGGAAAUGUAGUCCGCCAGGUAGGAGCAAACAAAGUUGUUGCUAAGCGACAGUGAGGUCCCUCCGUUUUGGGCUGGCGUAUUGAUAUUAAAAUUAACUAACAGGUGAGGGUCAAACUACAGCGUUCUCGACCGGGACUAUUUUCUCUCUUAAACUUUAAUAACCCAGGACGCGCGCCUCCACCUUGCGCGUUCAGUGGACUUGUUUGUGGACCUCCAGUGGAUCCAUUUGAUUCACCUUCAGGCGCAAGCUCACUCAUCUAGUCCUCUGUUUGCCCCCCUGCCUGACCGCUGCAGGCUGCUCCCUCGCCUUCUGUAAGGUCAUCUUCUUAAUAAUGACAGAGCUUCCUCAGGCGCGCGCUAAGGGCAGACCCCCUCUGUCACACUGGCAGCGCUGUAUAAGCAGAGUGUGUGGAGGUUAUCCAGAUCAAGCCUGUGUGUACGAUGAUGGGACGUCGGUCAGAAACCAGAGCACUGCCAGGUGAACGAAGUUAGCAAGAAGAGCAACUCGCCAUGUUCACCCAGGAAGCCUGACUUUACUCUCAGUGACUGUGGUGCACGUGUAGUCAGUCAUGAGCCCUCCACGCCGAUCAUCGAGUUCCCAUGGCGACAGGACCUCCACCGAGACCCUGCAGAGAAACAACAGCAGCAACUCUGGCGUUAUUCUGGACAUCUCGUCCCUCAAGAUGGCAGAGGUGGACACAGAGGUGCCUCCUCUUCCUCCUCGCUAUCGCUUCAGGGACCUGCUGCUGGGGGACCAGACAUUUCAGAAUGAUGACAGGGUGCAGGUGGAGUUCUACGUGAACGAAAACACCUUCAAGGAGAGGCUGAAGCUUUUCUUCAUCAAAAACCAAAGGUCAAGCCUGAGAAUCCGCCUGUUCAACUUCUCGCUGAAGAUUCUCACCUGUGUCCUCUACAUCGUGAGAGUCAGCCUGGACAACCCAGAGGACUUGAACCCCAACCCGUGUGCAUUUUGUCGGACGAACAUUUGUACAAAUGCAACAGACUCAGACAGAAUCAACUGGGACUUGAUUUUCUGUGUUAACAGACGGGUCCCUGUAUGGGCAAUCCAGGUGUCAGUGGCCUUAAUCAGUUUUUUGGAGACCAUGCUGAUCACAUAUCUCAGCUACAAGGGGAACAUUUGGGAGCAGAUAUUCCAGAUAUCCUUCAUAUUGGAGAUGAUCAAUACAGUGCCAUUUAUAAUCACAAUCUUCUGGCCUCCGCUGAGAAACAUAUUCGUCCCGGUGUUUCUCAACUGCUGGCUAGCCAAAGGUGCCCUGGAGAACAUGAUAAAUGACUUCCAUCGUGCCAUCCAGAGGACCCACUCUGCCAUGUUCAACCAGGUGUUCAUCCUCAUCUGCACCUUACUGUGUCUGGUCUUCACGGGAGCUUGUGGGAUCCAGCAUCUAGAGCGAGCGGGGAAGCACCUGACUCUGUUUGACUCGUUCUACUUCUGCAUCGUCACCUUCUCCACCGUGGGCUACGGGGAUGUAACACCACAAAUCUGGCCCUCCCAGCUGCUGGUGGUCAUACUCAUCUGUGUCGCCCUGGUCGUGCUCCCACUGCAGUUUGAAGAACUAGCAUACCUGUGGAUGGAGAGCCAGAAGUUAGGAGGGAAUUACAGCCGGCACCGGGCACAGACGGAGAAACACGUGGUGUUAUGUGUCAGCUCGCUUAAGAUUGAUCUGCUGAUGGAUUUCCUCAACGAGUUCUACGCUCAUCCCAGACUACAGGACUACUAUGUGGUGAUCCUGUGUCCAUUAGAGAUGGACCUCCAGGUUCGCCGUAUUCUUCAGAUCCCUCUGUGGUCCCAGAGGGUGAUCUACCUUCAAGGAUCGGCCCUCAAAGACCAGGACCUUAUGAGGGCCAAGAUGGACGACGCUGAGGCCUGCUUCAUCCUCAGUAGCAGGAACGAGGUCGACCGUACCGCUGCUGAUCACCAGACUAUUUUAAGGGCCUGGGCUGCUAAAGACUUUGCUCCUAACUGCCCCCUAUACGUCCAGAUUCUCAAACCAGAAAACAAAUUCCAUGUUAAGUUUGCAGAUCAUGUUGUAUGUGAAGAGGAGUUCAAGUACGCCAUGUUGGCGCUGAACUGUGUCUGUCCGGCCACGUCUACCUUAGUCACACUGCUGGUUCACACCUCCAGAGGACAGGAGGGGCAGUUAUCACCGGAGCAGUGGCAGAGGACUUAUGGACGCUGCUCUGGAAACGAGGUCUACCACAUCCGCUUGUGUGACAGCAAAUUUUUUGGAGAGUACGACGGAAAGAGCUUCACCUACGCCUCCUUCCAUGCCCAUAAGAAGUACGGUGUGUGUUUGAUCGGCGUGAAGAGAGAAGACAACAAGAGCAUUCUGCUGAACCCCGGCCCGCGACACAUCAUGGCUCCCACCGACACAUGCUACUACAUCAACAUCACCAAGGAGGAGAACUCGGCCUUCAUCUUCAAACAGGAGGAGAAACACAACAAAGGUCUGCCCGUCACUGGACUCUACGACGCCCCCUCCAGGCUGCCUGUGCACAGCAUCAUCGCCAGCAUGGUUGAUCAGGCCACUUCAUAUGGCACCGUAGCCAUCGAUCUCCAGAACCCCGAUCCGCCCGAGGAGACCAGCAAACUGACCUUGCCGACGGAGAACGGCGCCGGCAGCCGCAGACCGAGCAUUGCACCUGUUCUGGAGAUCGCAGACUCCUCUGCCAUUCUGCCCUGCGACCUCCUCAGCGACCAAUCAGAGGAUGAGACCAACCAAUCAGACGAGGAGGGCUCAGUGGGGUCAGAUUUUGUGAAGGGCUACCCUCCCAAUUCGCCCUACAUCGGCAGCUCUCCAACUCUGUGCCACCUCCUCCCACAGAAAGCUCCGUUCUGCUGCCUCCGCCUCGACAAGGGGUGCACUCACAACAGCUUUGAGGAUGCUAAGGCGUACGGCUUCAAGAAUAAGCUCAUCAUAGUGUCAGCAGAGACGGCUGGAAACGGUCUGUACAACUUCAUCGUUCCUCUGCGUGCUUACUAUCGGUGCAGGAAGGAGCUGAACCCCAUAGUGCUGCUGCUGGACUACCCGCCAGACAACCACUUCUUAGAGGCCAUUUGCUGCUUUCCAAUGGUUUACUUCAUGGCCGGCACGAUCGAUAAUUUGGACAACCUGCUUCAGUGUGGCAUCAUCUACGCUGACAACCUGGUGGUCGUGGAUAAGGAGAGCACCAUGAGCGCUGAGGAGGACUACAUGGCCGACGCCAAGACCAUCGUCAACGUUCAAACCAUGUUCAGGUUGUUCCCCAGUCUCAGCAUCAUCACUGAGCUCACACACCCAUCCAACAUGAGGUUCAUGCAGUUCAGAGCCAAGGACUGCUACUCACUCGCUCUGUCCAAACUGGAGAAGAUAGAGCGAGAUAAGGGCUCCAACUUGGCCUUCAUGUUCCGGCUGCCAUUUGCCGCAGGCAGGGUGUUCAGUAUCAGCAUGUUGGAUACACUGCUCUACCAGUCCUUCGUCAAAGACUACAUGAUCGCCAUCAUACGGCUUCUGCUCGGUCUGGAUACCACGCCGGGCUCUGGGUACCUGGGGGCUAUGAAGAUCACAGAGGAGGACCUGUGGAUCCGGACUUACGGCAGACUCUUCCAGAAGCUUUGUUCGUCCAGCGCUGAGAUCCCCAUUGGGAUCUAUCGCACUGAGUCGCACAUGUUCUCCACCUCAGAGGGCAAGGACAGUCACGCACAGUCUCAGGUGUCCAUAAACGUGGAGCAGGGGGCAGAGCACUCCGAGCGCAGAGACACCUGGAAGGAAAAGACGGCUCACAGAAACUCCACCACGAGCGACCAAUCGGAGCACCCGCUGCUGAGAAAGAAGAGCAUGCAGUGGGCACGGCGGCUGAGCAGGAAGAGCGCCAAACCGUCUAGCAGGGCGGAGAGAAUCUCGCAGCAGAGACUCAACCUUUACCGACGCUCGGAGCGGCAGGAGCUGUCCGAGCUGGUCAAGAACCGCAUGAAGCACCUGGGCCUGCCCACUGUGGGAUACGAUGAGAUGAACGACCACCAGAACACGCUGUCCUACGUCCUCAUCAACCCUCCUCCUGACACCAUGCUGGAGCUCAACGACAUAGUGUACUUAAUCCGGUCAGACCCGCUGGCACACAUGCCAGAGGACUCCCAGGUGGGACAGGCCCGCGGCACCAAGAACCAGCAGGACUUUGGCACAGAGACGAGGGACGAGACUCACCUCUGAGAGCCCCUCAGUCCUCCACACCCCGACCCUUAACCUCUGAGCCCCACCUGGGCCGACAGAGAUGGAGGCUGGCUUUGAACAGUGGUCCAUCGUGAAUGUGCAUUACGUGUCUCUCAGCCUCAGAACAGAAAUAAUCAACGUGUGAAAAGACGGCCACGAGAGAGCUGCUGUUUCCACUGAGCUGCUACAGGAGGAUGCAUGAAGAGUGCCUCGUAAUCCAACCCGACUUCCCCCAACGCACCUGCUGUACUAACACACAUCACCCUCUAAGGUUUGGUCAGUGUCGUGUUAGUCUCUGGAUAGUCUGAGGAGGUUUUUGCGCACAUACUGUACAGGAUAUCAAACCAUGAUCUCACACAGGGGUGAAGUUGCCCUCCUGCCACGACUCUGACUCCCUCUUGUCUUCUUCCUUCCUAAACUCAGAAAGAACUGAAUCUCGGGGCAACUCCACCCUCCCCUCCAUCUUAACAGUCAUGUUUUCUACAAAAGAAGGCGACAAAUUUCUAUUUCUUCAAACAUUUUAUGGUUAAAUUACUCUACAUGUGCACUUUUCUUAAUUUAUUACUAUAUAUCUGUUUGUUUCUGUCUCUUUCUAAAUCAGACAAGUUUCCAUUUUCUUUAUGAGCACAAACUUUUUUACGACAAACUGUCAUCUGUGAAUAGACACACUGUAGUGGCACUUUUAUCCGCCAUAUUAGAAACGUUAGCAUUUCUCUCUUUGUGUUGUUUUGGACGUUGAUUUUGUUAAGUAAUUUGUUAAACGGUGAAUAUUUAUUACUUACUUUGCUGCUCUAAGUGUCCAAAAUCACAUUUAUUUGUUUCCUCUUUUUGCUUUGUAAAUAUUUUAUAAUAAUUUAAAAUAAUUUGUAAGUUAUGUGCCAAAAUUCACCCUUUCUGUGAGAUCUUUUUUAUUUUUAGUUAGAGCCUGAUUGAUAAAUGAGCCCAUCAGAGAUGAGUCAGCCAAAGCCAACGACUUUUCAGAGAAUGAAGGCUAAAUGAAAACGAGAUGAAGUGAUCGUGGUGGUCUAAAUUUAUUUAACGUGCAUACUUCAAGUUUACCCAAAAUGUUCUUAUUACUGUUUGAUGCGUAUUAAAAAAAAAAACAAGUCUUAUUUUUCUAAACUGUAUGUUUUUGCUUAGAAGAAGAUAGAAAAUAUAUUGUUAUAUUUUAAUUUAACAUGUUUUAAUCCUAGUCUGUGUAAAGCAUGGACGUAGUCUCUGUGACAGUACCCAUUGGUUUAAGCUGACUGAACCGCGAUUUGAGGAGCCUGGAAACAGGCAGAGGUGGGGCUUAGACUGCGGCAACGCACCCACCUGUCAGUCAACUAAGCCACGCCCCUAAUUAAGCAAAUUAAUAAUGAUGUAUAGCUUUUAUAUAACCUUAACAGAUUAAAAAACUCACCCGUACAGUUUGAGUAAUUUAAUGAACGGACACUCGAGAAGUUGCAGUUUCACAUCGGCUUCACUUUUCAACGUCGGAGGAUUCCUCAUAGUUUGUUACUUUUUAAGUUGCUUAACAUCUCCCUCAAACUUGUAUUAACCACCUCACUCUAUAAUAAGACGGUUUAGAGGUUUGAAACUUUACAGUGAUGACUGAGAGGUAUGACACCACUCUCACAUCUGUGUGAGUUACAUGAAGCUCGUGCCGGUCGUGCCGUGUAAAAGUCCAGACAGUGGAAGCAGGGGGACACGAAGCAGCACCACUUUUAUUUUCUUUCUUUCUUUGUUCUGCACAAAAAUGUUUAACUUCAACUUCAGCCUUUAAACAUGCGCUCUGGUAUGGUUAAACUAGCUGUAAGGCUCUAUUGUACGACUCGAGUCCAAAACUCUGACUUGAGUCCAGAUUUUCAGGACUUGUGACUCGACUUGGACUUGAGCACUGAUGACUCAGACCAGGGGCGUCGCCAGGAAUUCUGGGCCCCCUGAAAAGAUAUCUCAGUGGGCCCCAUCACCAACCCUACAAAAUAUAACAUUACUGCUAUUAUACUGGUUUAUUUGCAACAAAAAUAUGCUUAAAACUAUCCUGGUGAACUUACUCAAAUCUAAGCUACACAUCAAUAUAUAUAUAUUUUAAUUUCUUCAAAUGUAACUGCACAAUAUUGACCUUCAGACUGUCCAACAAGAUUAUUUGAAGCCAAGUGAUUUGUUGAAUAACAACACAGGGGCAUUAUUUGGUGUAAUCUAACCUCAUGAAGUAAAAUAAAACUCUAAAAACCUACAGUUUACUUUCAAUCAGAUUUAGCCACACUCGAUGCUAUGAAAUUAUGACAAUUCCCACUUUAGGCAUGAGACGCACAUCUCACAGAGCUGAUAAAACCAGUCGACAGGAAGAGACUCCCCUUUUUUCCAGAAAGGAAUUCUGAAUUUUUGUUAUUUAUUCAGACAAUUUUAGUUAUUUUAUUGCAGUUAUAACAAAACAAAAGAAAAUCGUUGUAUAAAACACAUUUUAUUUCAGGCCCAUUAAGGGCCCCCCUCCCCACUUGGGCCCUAGGUAGUCAGUCUCACUUUUCCCCCCUGACUCAGACUAAGACUGGAGAAUUGACUGCAUGUGAACUCUGAAGAUGCAGAUGAGGACUCAGACUUAUUUAUUAAUAAAUACAGUUUGAUUGUUUUUGUUAGUUUCUUGCAAAGAGAGAUUGGACUCAGAUUUUAGUUGCACAUACAAUAAAACAAAACAAAACAUUGCUGCUCAAUAACAAGAGCCAAGAUAUAACAGUUAAAUUCAACAAUAAAACCAUCCACUAACUUUAGUGACAACGAAUAUGCAGGAGGAGCCAGAAACCCUGACAGGCUUGUCGAGUGGCCCUCAUGAUAAAAACAUUCAACAAUAAGACAAAAUAUUCAGGGAGUUGGGACUCAACUUGGAGUCUUCUUUGAGGACUCAGACUCACACUAAACACUAAAGACUCAAGACUCGACUCAGACUCAGGGUUUUGUGACUUGAAAGCAGCACGGUUAUAAGGAAGGUGAAUUCUGUGGCAGCCCAGACCAGCUUUCCCCCUGCUUCUGAUGUUUAGGCUAAAAUAACUGUGGUGUGAUAACAGACAGAUGUGAGAAUGGUUUCAAUCUAACUUCAGUCAGGAGAGAUAAUGAGUGUGUUUUCCAAAUAGUUGAACUGCUUCUUUAAAGAGUCCUGAUCAGAAGUGACCUUGUUGAUUUAUUUUUCUGAAGUGUCAUCCCCAGUGUUGGUUGAUUUUGUUUCCUUUUGUGAACUUAAGUUGGUGUUUAAAACCCCCUCAUUGUGAUCCUCCAGUUUAAUAACUCCUGACAAAGUGUCCAUGCAGCCGGUAGCUGAAUUGUUUUGCACGGACAGCGACAGAAAAAGUUUAAUCCCAGAUCUACUCGAGCUGAAAAUGAAGUGCUCUCCUCUUGUGCUCCUGCAGGCCUUACUCUGUGUACAAGGCAGUGUCAGUAUGCAGCACUUCAUCCUGAUUUAUCAUUCCUCUGCUCUGUUCUUGUUCACUGUAAAUAUGAACUUUAUACAUCAAUGUCUGCCACCUUUCGUUGUUUUAAGUUGGUCUCUGUGUGAUAAAAGUGAAAGAGGACUUGAACUAUUUUUGCACUAAGCUCUGUGGGGAUGUCAGGAGCAGAACAGCAUGACCCUUUAACCUGAAUCUGUGCAACACAGUGGACAGUAUUCAAACAUUCAAACGUGCAGUAUCAUGUCAUGCCUUUUGUUGUUUUGGUUUCCCUGGUAGGCGUCUGAAAAGCUGAUUUGGGUAAGCUAACAAUAUAUGAAGUGAAUGAUGAAGUAUUCUCAGAUGGAAGGAUCUCUCUCAGAGAUCUGCUCUUUAGUUUGUUUUUGAAGAAUCAGCAUUAAGCUUUCUUUGUGUUAAACAGUGUUUGUGUUUUGCAGCGUACGACUGAGAUGUACUGUUGCUCUUUGCUCAGCAGCCCCUCAGAAGUGUCAGUUUACAGGGCAGGAGAGCUGAGGAGUGAGAGACCACGACGAAUGAUGUAAUCAAUGUUGGGAUUCACUCAUGAUCAUCGUCCUCGGUCCUCACGUGUGACAAAUCGAAACACUCCACAAAGAUUUCACGUCAGACCUCCUCCUGUCCAUACUUACAGAAACACACGGGGCAUGUAAACUCUAUCAGCAUGUUUUGAUAUUCAAGCUUGCCAAGAACGAUAAUUUUUGUACAUUUAGCAGGACAUUACGUGUGAUGUCCCACAACUAGAAAACCCAUAACUAAUCAACUGCUUGCAAGUUGGAGCCAUUAUUUGAUACUGUGUAUUUCUAUGAAUGGAGCAUGCAUGUUGUCUAGGUGUUAACCAAAAGCAGACGUAUCAUCUUUACCUCCACUUUCUGUUUUGAAGUCAUCGUCAAAAAGGGGUUGAUCCAUUUUGUACUAUUUCUUAUGAGAAGCGAGUGUACUUGGACAUUUAAAAUACGAACAAAUAAAUGCUGCAUGCAGCCAGAGAAACUCAACGACAGGACAUUUUUAUUUCCUCACUGACAACUCAAUAAAAACGAAGAAUCACA